GAUGGAGUAGGUGCUAAAAUAGCUGAGAAGAUAGAUGAGUUCUUAUCCACUGGAAAACUACGCAAAUUGGAAAAGAUUCGACAAGAUGAUACAAGUGCAUCUAUCAAUCUCCUAACACGAGUUACUGGCAUUGGUCCUGCGGCUGCUAGGAAGUUUGUCGAGGAAGGAAUUAAGACUUUAGAAGAUCUAAGAAAAAAUGAGCACAAGCUGACCCAUCACCAGCGAAUUGGGUUGAAAUAUUUUGAAGAUUUUGAGAAAAGAAUCCCAAGGGAAGAAAUGCUGCAAAUGCAGGAAAUUGUGCUGGAAGAGGUAAAGAAGCUGGACCCAAACUAUAUUGCUACGGUUUGUGGCAGUUUUAGACGAGGCGCAGAGUCAAGCGGUGAUAUGGAUGUUCUCCUAACCCAUCCGAGUUUCACAUCUGAAUCAUCCAAACAGCCAAAACUUCUACGUCAAGUUGUAGAACAACUGGAAAAAGUCCACUUUGUCACAGAUAUGCUCUCUAAAGGCGACACCAAAUUCAUGGGUGUCUGUCAGCUGCCAAAUAGAGAAGAUGGAACAGCCUAUCCACAUAGGAGAAUUGAUAUCCGGCUUAUCCCCAAAGAUCAGUAUUACUGUGGUGUACUGUAUUUCACAGGAAGUGAUAUAUUCAAUAAGAACAUGAGAGCUCACGCUCUGGAAAUGGGCUUCACGAUCAAUGAGUAUACAAUCCGUCCCUUGGGUGUCACUGGAGUUGCUGGGGAGGCCCUACCAGUAGAAUGUGAAAAAGACAUCUUUGACUAUAUCCAGUGGAAAUACCGAGAGCCAAAGGAUCGGAGCGAAUAACUGCUUGUCUAGGUUUGUAACCUAGAGAGAUGUUUUCAUAGCUUCCUAUAAACAUACAAAGUGCAUAUUCUUUCUAUGGAUGUUACUGGAAAACAUGUACAUUACUGAUGUUUAAAGUAAGUCCAUGGCACUAGCACAAUGUGUAGUGAAGGUUAAAUCCCGUAAGAUCUCAUU